GGCCGCAAGAGAGAGAAGAGAGAGAGUGCCGGCCGCAAACACUGACCGUCGCAUGGCGUCCAGUGGCGCCUCGAGCGGGACCUCCUCCAGCCUCGCUCCGGAGGAGAAGGGCGCUGCCGAGCCCAGUCAGAGCAGAUCUGCGAACGCGCACAGCACAGCCAGCAUCAUCUUUUCAGAGCCUUCGCACCGGCGACACGGUCGGCUGAACUUCCAUUGGGUGCUGCGGCUGAAUCAGCGCGCCCUGCCGGCGCUGCGCGUCCUCACAAACUGGAAGGUCGAGACGUACAUUCAGGAGCGGAGAGCGGCCGGGUGCGUCUCGAGCCGCGACCGGCUCUACCGGUUCCUCGCCUCGCCGACGUCGUCCGGCAACGCGCUGAUGUUUGCGCUGCUCAUCCUCGCCGUCUCGUUCGCCUCCAUCAUCACCUUCGGCGUCGAGUCUCACCAGCACUCCAAGCAGGUCUCGUCGGCGCUCGAGCUGUACGGCGAGAAUGCGACCGCCAUCGAGGAGCACCUCGGCAGCCUCACGCCGCCGUACGAAGAGCCGCUCUUCGCCUGGAACUGCGUGCUGGCCGCCAUGUUCACCGCCGAGCUCGCGCUGCGCCUCGCCACCUACCCCACCCCGCUGCGAGACUCGGAGUUGUGGGUCGAUGCUCUCGCCCUGCUCCCGCUGAUCCUCCGCAUCGCCUGCGCCUCCACCCCCGAGGGGGACCUCUUCUACGAGUCCGCGCUAGAGAUGCACAUGCUCGGCUGCCGCAUCCUCGGCCAGACCCUGACCGAGUCCUUCACCGCCCUCCUCAUCCCAACGUACUUCCUCUUCAUGCUCGUCACACUCUUCGGCGACUUGUGCACGCACCUCCCUCCUCCCUACCCCGUCACCGCACGCUGCUGUUCGCGCUCGAGUACGCCCCGCACGCACUCUGCCGCCGGCGACCAGCAGCGGCCCAUGUACGACCCCUACGCAGAGCGGGACGGCCCUCGCGUCCUCGACAUCCCCACCGCCUGGUACCUCAUCCUCGUCACGAUGGCCACCGUCGGGUACGGAGACUUCUCGCCGCAGACCGCCGGCGGCAGGAUCCUGAUGGGGCGCGUGACGACCUCUCCAAGACCCCGUCCGGCGCGUGAGCUCGCCCUGAUCGCCGAGGAGAUCAAGCUGAGGCUGCUGUGGCGGGGGCGCAGCCUGCACGACGUGCUGCAGGCGUUUGAGGACUUUGACUCGGACCGCGACGGCAGCCGCACCUGCCCCGAGGCACUUGCUCGUACCCAGAGUUCAAGCAGGCGGUGACGGCGGGGAUGGGAAUCAACCUCGAGGGACGCAAGCUGCGCUCCGUCUGGCGGCAGUUCGACCACGACGAGUCCGACUCGAUCCGGUACCACGAGUUUGCGCACGCCCUCUUCCCCGAGCUCGAUCCGCAAGAGAUGGCCGAGUCGAUACAGCAGCAGCGGCAGCAGCAGCUUCGGCGGGAGGACUCGCAGCGGGAGGUGAUGCAGGCGAUACAGCAGCAGCAGCGGCGGCACCAGAAGGGAAGGCGUCCCCGCGGCGGCGGGAAGCGCAGGUGGCGCGAGUCAGACGUCUCCAACAUGUACGAGUCAGCCAAUCGUGAGGCGCGGGUUCGCCCGUACGCUGACGGAGCAGAGGGCCCUGGCGCCAGCGCCUUCAGCGCCGACGCCGACGCCUCGCCUUCCGCCGCCGCCGCCGCCCCGUCCUCACUCGCCGCGCCCGCCGCGGCCGCGGCCGCCUCCGCCGCCGCCUCCGCCGCCGCCGCCGUGCGAUCCGUGUCCGCCGCGCUCAUCGCGGGCAGCCCGUCGGCGGAGCCGCGCCCCGGCUCGCCGUCGCUCGCGCUGCCGCUCGACGCCGGAGAGGGGAGGGGGCGCGUGCAGCUGCGCGGGGAGGCUCCGCGCGUGCAGCAGUCUCCGAGCGGCUCGAGCUUGCGCGAGGUUGCGAAGAGCUUGGCCAGCGCCGCGGCCGACAUUUCCGCGCGCCAGGACGAGCUGCACGGGUCGGUGGAGCGGCUUAUUGCGGCGCUCGGCGCUGCAGAAGCGGAGUCGGCGGGGCGAGGGUGCCUCCCGAGCUAGGCGCUGCUGGCGGUCAAUUGUAAGGUACCGCAGGAGCCCCAGCGGUCAUGCGGGGGCUCUCACAUGCAUGCGAGUGUAUAGUAAGAUUAGGCGCAUAUGUGGCGCAAGAAUAUGUGGCGCAUCUAGGGCGGCACGUCUACGGGGUCUAGCGUGCAACUAAUUACGUCGUACUGUGAAGCUCUGUUUUUCGUACCUCACAUCUCACAACAAC